AUGCGCUCUUUGACGAGUGCUGCCACGGUACUGGCCCUCGCCGCCGGCGCUGCCGCGAAGCUUCAGUAUCUCGGCGUCGCCUUGUCCGGCAUCGACUUUGGCUGCGACAUUGACGGCAGCUGCCCCCUCGAUAAGAUCGGCCUGCCCCUCAAAAACUAUGGCGGUGCCGACGGCAAGGCCCAGAUGGAGCAUUUCGUCAAAAAUGACAAGCUCAACAUUUUCCGGCUGCCCGUGUCCUGGCAGUUCCUCACCAACGCCAAGGGCGGUAGCACCCUCGACAAGCAAGGCUGGGAGAGCUACGACACGCUCAUGCAGACGUGCCUCGACACCGGCGCCUACUGCAUGAUUGACCUGCACAAUUUCGCCCGCUUCGACAAGGGUAUCAUUGGCCAGGGCGGUCCUUCCGACGCCACGUUUGCGCAGCUUUGGGCCAACAUUGCCAGUAAAUAUGCCGACAAUGACAAGGUCGUCUUUGGCAUCAUGAAUGAGCCGCACGACCUCGACACAGCCAAAUGGGCCGACACCUGCCAGGCCGCCGUCACAGCCAUCCGCAAGGCCGGCGCCAAGACGCAGAUUAUCCUGCUCCCCGGCAACAACUUUUCCAGUGCCGCCGAUUUCGUCGACAACAAGAGCGCCGAGCUCCUCAGCAAAAUCACCAACCCGGACGGCUCAAUCGACGGCCUGCUGCUCGACCUGCACAAGUACCUCGACAUCAACAAUUCCGGCCAGCACGCCGAGUGCACCACGGACAACGUCGAGGGCUUUGGCACCAUUGCCAAGUGGCUCCGCGCCAAUAACCGCACCGCCAUGGUCUCGGAGACGGGCGCCUCAAUGGAGGACUCGUGCAUGGAAAAGUUUUGCGCCCAGAACAAGUUUAUCAGCGAAAACACCGACGUUUUUGUCGGCUUCGUCGGCUGGAGCGCCGGCAGCCUCGACCACACUUACGUCAUGUCGCUGACGCCAACCGGGUCCCCCGGCGCCUAUACCGACAACAAGCUCAUGAAGCAGUGCAUCCUCGACAUCUUUGACGGCAAGCUUAGCCCGCCGCCGUCUUCAAGCUCCGCGACCCGUCCGUCCAAGUCGUCCACGUCGGCUGCUCAAUCGUCGCAGAAGACGAGCGACUCGGUCUUUAUCGAGAGCCCCAGCUCCAAGCCGUCGCAAACGCCCGCCAAUGACGCCCCUGCCCGAGGCGCCGCGGCGAGCUCGUCAAGCAUCAGCAUCUUGGCCGUCGUUGGUGCCGCGGCCUUUGUCUGUGCAGCUUUGUAA